GUAAAACGUACACCUUUUAAGUAAACACUUUCACCACAACGUGCUACACUGCCAACUGCUUGACUCUUAUUUCAUCUUCUUACUACCCACCCUAUCCUUAUAUAUCCCCAACUCUUCGUUUCUUUUCAAACUCUUCCAUCAUUACAUUUUCGUACACCCCUUUGCAUCCUCCUUAUAAACAAACAAACAAGAACAUAUUUCAAAGAGAAAGUAUAUACACAUAUAUACACACAUACAACCCUAAUAUGUAUAUGUGUGGUGGUUCUAAUAAUGCCAUGGUGUUUUCCAUGCCAUACGAUGGAGAGUCACCUACUUCCUCCGCCGUUGAUUGUACGCUUUCUUUGGGUACGCCGGCCACUCGUUUAGCCGGAGAUUACGAGAGGAACACUCACCAUGAGAGAAGGCCCUCUUGGUCCGCUAGUUUCUGUUGGGAUAUUUUACAAAACACGACGGCGGUGGUACCUUCACAGAAAGCUAACCUUGGUGGUGGUAAUGGCGGAACAUCCGCCGCCGGUGACCCUUUACUCGCUAGGCGGUGCGCUAACUGUGACACCACUUCCACCCCACUUUGGAGGAAUGGCCCCCGCGGCCCUAAGUCGCUGUGUAAUGCAUGUGGAAUCAGAUUUAAGAAGGAAGAGAGGAGAGCCAACGCGGCGGCGACUGGUGGAAGCGAUAUGACGGAGAUACAACAUUACCAACCGGUGAUGAACGGGAACCCGUGGCUUCACCACCCUCAAUCUACCCAUAAACUAUCGUCAUGCUAUUCUCCGGCGGCGGCGGCGGCGGCGGUGAAAGGGAACGAGUUUAGGUUCAUUGAUGACGUGGACGACAGAGAUUCUCCGUUUCUAUCAUGGCGUCUCAACGUUACUGACAGACCAGGCCUCGUCCACGGGUUUACGAGAUGAAGUGGGCCCCGAUUAGUUACAUGAUGACGUAGACUCUAAUUUGAUUUAUUAUAUUUCCAGAGUAAAAUAGUUUUAGUCCAGAGCAUUACUUUUGUGAUUACUAGUACUUUGUGCAUUGGUACUCGUUAAUCGGUUGUCGAUUUCUGCUUUGGAAAAGGACCCGCUUUAUUUAUUUAGUUUAAUUAAUGGUGUCCUUUUUUGUUUAUUCGGUCAAACGUAUAUGUUUCGGUCUCAAGAAAUAACUUUUUCCCAAAUGUAUCUCAUG